AUGUCCGCACACUUCUGCAGACAGGUAUACUCGUCCUGGCGUGAGACUCGUCGCGGCAGCGGCAGCGGCAGCAUCGCCGCGCCAGAAAUGGUGGCCCUCACCACCGUCAAGAACACCUCGCCACUGUCCGCGCCUACGUCGCCGCGAUCAAGCUUCAGCUCCAUCAGCAGCGAGCCGUCGGGCUGGACCCGGCCCUCGUCUUCAUCGAGCGACCGAUAG